GGAAUGAAUGUAGUUUUGGCGAACAUUCCGGAAAUUGUGAGUAAGCAGUCAUACUGAAAGCAGCCACGACGCGGCCACCAGUAAGUCACACAGCAGCACAAGUAGGAAGAGACUGCGCACUCUGAAUCCGUCUGACAAAGAAUGCGGAAUAAUUUAAAUUUUCAUGUAAACAGGAAUAAAGUAUGGGUUUAACCAACACUUAUGACCUGUUUUGAAGCCAGCGGACUGUGUGUUUAAGAGCUGGACAAGCGCCUAUCUUCAGAAAAUACAGCAGAUAUAAUGACCCACAACAAACUGAAAACCUCCAGGUGGCUGGACUAUGGCAGCGUCACAGCAGAACUCCACUGGGAAACGUGUCCUACCUGCCAAGGCUCAGGACGAAUACGUAGAAGUGAAGAGGCUCAGCUCGUGGCAGUUAUUCCAUGCUCUGACAAAAGGCUGAAGCCUAGUCGUACGAAGCUGUACGUGUGUAUCUCAGUUGCGUUAUGUCUUUUGAUCUGUUUCCUGAUCCUGUUCUUCUUAUUCCCUCGGAGUUUGGUCUUAACUCCUGUAACUCUGCAGUCCGCUCUUGUCUAUUUCACACCGAAAACUGUUCAGAUGACUAUCACAAACAAACUAAACAUCAGCAAUCAAAACUUUGUCAGCACUCACGCUCAUGAUCUGGAUCUACAAAUUUUGUUUAAUGAAAUUGUAGUUGGAACGACCAAAGUCGAAAAUGUGACCACAGUUCUCCCUCGUUCACAGAAAUCGAUUAAUGUUGUGACUAGUGUUAUCAUUGAAGAUGAAGGUCUGGUUUAUUACUGUCAGCCAAGUUUCCUCCGUCCCCACACUUUGUAUAUGCAAUUGCAAAUAACUGUAAAAGCCUACUACAUGUCACAUGAGGAGCAGCUCUCGUUGGAUACAUUUGAGUUUAUAGAUUGUGGAAAAAACACUACCAUUCCUCAUCCUAUACAACAAUUUCACUGACAUACUGCCAAUAAAGACAAAUCAACAUAACAAAACAAAUGGCAGAUCGAUAGCAAAUGCCUAAGAUGAUCUUAAAAAUGAACAUUUGGGAUCAACCCUUUUAACUGAUGUAGAUUACACAUGAACUUUUAAGUACAGUCAAUUGUAAAAGGUGUAUUUUCUGCUUCUGAUGCUUGAGGACUUUACGUGUAAUUAAUCUUCAUCGUGAAAGUGCCUGUGCUUAUUGCACUUAUCCACAUACUGUCUUAUAGUUAAGAUUUACACAUUUCAUUCAGUGAUUUAUAUUCAAAAGCACUGGUCAGAGUUAAAGUGAUUCCUGGGAACAUUGGGCACGAGGUGGCAAUACAGUCUGGAUGAAAUUCCAGACGAUCGCAAGAUUUGCACUUUAAAAUUAAGUCAUUUUGUACAGUUCUUAUUUUUUUAAUUCUAAAGGAGAUCAGACAAAAUAAUGACAGUGAAAUUACAUAUUAUAAGAUUGAUUCAUCUUUAAUAGUGUUAACAUUGUUAGUAAAAAAAAUAUGUAGGCUCAAAACAGUUUUUAUUUUGAUUUAUCUUGUUACAUCUACAUAUUGUUGCUCUGGAACAGUGGUGAGAUUGGUCCUCCACAUCACCACUGUUGGGAAUACUGUGUGGACUAAACAAAAAAUACAGCCAUUGUUUAUAUAGCCAUUGCUUUUACAGAUAUUAAAAACUUAUAUGAUUCAUUAAAUGCAUGAAUGUA